GCAGCCAUAUUCAGCAAGGAACACGCUCACGAAAACAGUUGAUGUUCGGCCCGACGGUGCGAAAAAGGACGUCUGACGCUGCAGUUUAGAUACACAUUUUUAAUAACUGUCAGCUCUCCGUUAAAGAGAAGGAAACGUCGCGAUUGUUGAAUCUUCGGAUUUAACAGCGUGGAGGCGUACGCUCCAGCAGAAACAACACCAUGGCCUCCCGAAAAAAGGUUCUGUUGAAGGUGAUCAUCCUCGGUGACUCCGGAGUUGGGAAGACCUCACUGAUGAACCAAUAUGUGAAUAAGAAAUUCAGCAACCAGUACAAGGCCACCAUCGGAGCGGAUUUCCUCACCAAAGAAGUGAUGGUGGAUGACAGGCUUGUGACCAUGCAGAUUUGGGACACGGCGGGCCAGGAGCGUUUCCAGUCCCUGGGCGUAGCGUUCUACCGUGGGGCCGACUGCUGCGUGCUGGUGUACGACGUGACGGCGCCCAACACCUUCAAGACGCUGGACAGCUGGCGGGACGAGUUCCUGAUCCAGGCCAGCCCGCGCGACCCCGAGAACUUCCCCUUCGUCGUGCUGGGCAACAAGAUCGACCUCGAGAACAGACAGGUGACGACAAAGCGAGCCCAGGCAUGGUGUCAGAGCAAAAACAACAUCCCAUAUUUUGAGACCAGUGCCAAAGAAGCAAUCAACGUGGACCAGGCCUUCCAGACUAUUGCACGAGACGCCCUUAAGCAGGAGUCGGAGGUGGAGACGUAUGACUUCCCGGAUCAGAUCAAGCUGAGGGACGACAGGCCCGCCCCAACCAGCGACGGCUGCAGCUGCUGAGGGAGAAGAUGGACGAUGAAGAUGGAGGAGGAGAGAGAGAGAGUGAGAGAGAGAGAGGGAAGUCAGAAGGGGGAGGGUGGAUGUUAAUACCUGAAGAGACAGUUACAGCGGACAACCCUCCCUUGCAACAUACACACACACACACACACGCCAAACUUGGGUGUGAAGUGGAACAACAAAACCAACGAAUCAACCAACAAGCCAGCCACCAGUCUCUGAUCUCGUGUCACCAACCUGCUUCCGUGGGUUUCUCCUCCAAAUAGGGAGACACAAGAUGACCGGAGGAAAUGCCUGGAAGCUCUUGACCCCCAGACCCGAACGUGGCUACGCAUUGACUUUCAGAGUAUCAUGUAUUAUCAUUAUCAUUUUCUGCAAAAUCAGCCAAAUUCAGCCAUAGAUGUAGUAAACUUUUCAUUUUAUUAUUCUAUCUCUCACUGUUAUACUGUAAUGUUAUUUAGACGUCAUGCGACUAACUUAUUUUCCACACUUUCUUUUCCCCUUUACUUUUUUGAUUGUUUGUUCCAUGCAGUAAAUACUUCUAUUUUUUCCUGAUCUGUUCUGAAUGUUAGUUCAGUUGCCUAUGUGCCCAGACCACAUGCACAAACCCAGCGCUUUCAAGUUUAAAAGAUCACCGUCUAGUAACAAUAAUAAAUAAAUAAUAGGAUCUGAUGGGUUCUUUUAAACUGUUAAUGUGAAAUUUCACCACUGAGCCAAGCCAGGAAAGAGCAAUGUGGAAGUGAAAGACCAAUCCUUUGGGGGUUUGGUUUGGGUGCAGUCUUAGCAUGAGGAACAUGCUCUAUAUGACAAUGACAGACGUGACAUUUUGCCUCAAUGCACCAUCUCACAACUAGCAAAACUAAAAAUUAAGUACAAACUGGCAUAACAAAUCGAAACCCAAGACAUUGUUAAGGCAAGGUGUUAUCAUUUCUCAUGAGGAAUAGAAACACAUUCUGGAGACACGCACCUAUAUUCAUGUCAGAACAGAUGAACUGAGUGACCUAUUUCAUGUUGUAAAACUAGUCAGUCAUGGCACCUCUUAAAGAAGAACUGACUUGCUUAAUGUUUACCUGAUGAUUUAUGGCCAUGUCGUGCAGAUCACUUCCUGGGUUGGUUGACUGGCUGACGUCAUCUUGGGCUAGAAUUAUGAUUGGCUGACAGAUCCUGGGCUAUAAUUACGAUUCGCUGAGUUGCUGAGUCAUGAUUCCCUCAAGCAACAUGCUCUGACCUCUGACCUCGUUUUGUUUCUUUUUUUUUUCACUUGCAAAAUGCCAUUCCAUUUUUUGUAUGCCAAAAUGAAUCAAAUCAUUUAACUUUGCUGUAGAAUGUGUGCCCUUUGUAUUCUGGCCUGGAAACCUCUUGGAAGAUUUAGUUUUAGUGACAAUAAAACUGAAAUAAAAUGAUUAAAAAACUGAA